UUUUUACAGAGUACUUCGUAUUUUUUGUUAUUCUCAAACCUCUCCCCUAGUCGGCGUCUUCGCCUCUCUUGACAGAUUGAAGCCACCAAAUUGAGAAUAAGACUCCUCCUGUGAGAUCGGAGGAUAUACGGAGGGAAAGGAUGGAUUCCGAUCAAGGCAAGCUGUUCAUCGGUGGCAUCUCUUGGGAGACGGAUGAGGAGAAGCUGAAGGACCACUUUCAGAGAUUCGGCGAGGUUUUGCAGACUGUGGUGAUGAGAGACAAGCUUUCCGGGAAGCCCAGAGGCUUUGGAUUCGUUGUUUUUGCAGAUCCGGAUGUUCUUGAUUCCGUUCUCCAGGAAACCCACACGAUUGACGGCCGUACGGUUGAUGCCAAACGGGCCAUAUCAAAAGAGGAACAACAGGUAUCAAAAAAUGGAAAUCCCAAUAGUGGUAGAAGUUCCGGAGGUGGUGGAAGUAACAAGACUAAGAAAAUAUUUGUUGGCGGAUUGCCUCCUGCUCUGUCAGAGGAUGGCUUCCGUGGUUACUUUGAAGCCUAUGGUAAUGUAACUGAUGUUGUAAUCAUGUACGAUCAGCAGACCAACCGGCCACGUGGAUUCGGUUUUAUUUCAUUUGAUUCAGAAGAUGCAGUAGAUCGGGUUUUACACAAGACCUUCCAUGAUUUGAGUGGGAAGCAAGUAGAAGUAAAACGCGCACUUCCUAAAGAUUUGAACUCCAGUUCUGGUUCUGGCGGUGGUCGGUCCAUGGGAAGUGGUGGUGGAAAUUAUCAGGGGUAUGGAGGAGGACAUGGAAACAAUUCUAAUUCUUAUGAUAGUCGGAUGGAUUCCAAGUACAUGCAGCAACCAUCCGCUGUAUCAGGGUACCACCCCUAUGCUUCUUCGACUGGAUAUUCUGCUGGAUAUGGGUAUGGAUCUUCUAACAGUGCGAUGGGUUACAGUAGUUAUGGAAGUUAUGGUGGGGCGGCUCCUGGUUAUGCUGGACCUGCAGCUUCUGCAUAUGGAAAUCAAACUGUUCCUGGUGGCGGCGGCUAUGGAGGUGGUCCUGCUGAUGGACAAAGAAACUCAUGGAACUCUCAGGGUCCUGCUUAUGGUACUACGGGUUAUGGAAGUUCCAACUGGGGGGCCAAUGCAGGUGUGGGAGGUGGAGGGCCAGCAGGCCAUUCUCCAGCUGAAGCGGCAGGUUAUGGGAACCAGGGUUAUGCUUAUGGUGGAUAUGGUGGGAAUGAUGGAAGUUAUGGAAACCCAGCUUCUUAUGGGGCGGUAGGACGUUCUGCUGGCGGUCCACCAAGUAGCAAUUCCCCUGCCGGUGGUACCGGAGAGCUGCAAACUGGUGGUUAUGGUGCGUAUGGUGAUGCCAGUGGAUACCCGUCUGGAAAUUAUGGAUCUCAUGGAAACCAAGCUGGUUAUGGAGGUGGUUAUGGUGGUGCGCCAGCUCGGCAAAGUCAACAACAAUGAUGAUCUCUUCAUUCUUCAUGCAAGACACUAUUUUCUUUCUGGAAGUUUGUCUUCUCAUAAAUGGUCUUCUGUUACGUGAGCUGAGAGAGGGUGACUGUUUCAAUACAUCAGACCUGCUUAAUUGGACUGGUUGGAUUGCUUGAAUCCCAGUAGUUUGUUAUUCUGCAAUAAGUAGCAUUAUACAGUAGACCUAGCUUAUUACUAUAUCAUUAUUAUUACUAUUUUCUGUGUUAAGUGUAGCGUUUAUUUUGGNAUGUAUAUGCACUUUCUAAAACCCUUUCCCUCAACAAAUUUAAAUGGAAGUUCAUCGAUGAUAAUCAUUUCUGCUAUACCCUUCCUAAGUGCAUCUGCGCUAUACUUCCCAAAAGUUAUUGGCACAUUUCCCUCCCCAUCAACUGUUCCGCAUAUUAACUCAGUUUGAUCAUCAUCCCCUUUCUCACGAGGCAAGCUCACACAAUUUUUUAAAUGGUUUUUCAAAGAGCUUGUACCAUUACUUUUAGUAUUUGCAGCAAAUUCUCUACCACAAUGAUCACAUCUAGCUUUAUGAAGUAUAACAUCAUCUUUAGUAAUGGUAAAUUUAGUAAAAUGCGCCCAAACCUCAGAUCUUAUUGAAGGUGCGCUCCUUUCCUUCCUCUUAGGUCUAGAAGAUGAGGACUUUACCCUACUUUCUUCAGUAAUUGAUGCAUUUUGGGCUUCAUUUUGUUCUUCACAUUGUGAAUCAUGGGAAGCUAUUGACUCCAUUGACUUUGCUCUUGAAUUUUGAUCUAAUCAUGAAUAAUGAAAAAACAAAAAAUUAGUUAAAAACAAUCUUUAAAAACAAAGCAAAGAAAAUAUACUUCGUGUAGUUGCUGGGAAAACUUAUGUGGCAUUGAUUUAAUGUGCUAAAAAGUAAAGAACAAUCUUUAUUUGGCAAUCAAAAGAAAAAAAUCAGAACGAAAAGAAUAAAAAAACGGAAUUGGUGACACCAGAACAGAGAUGCACAAACCUGGUGACUGCCGAUUGGUGAGGCCGACGCCAGAAUGAAGAUGGUGAUUGCGA